AUGGACAUUAAAGACUUUCCCUUCCUCAGCCCAGAAGAAUUUUCUGAAAUAUGUCAUCACUUCGACAGCCAGUACUGCAGAGCAACUCUCGGCCCCAUGAGGAAGAAGUGGAAGCUCAGAGUCUGCACUUCGCUGGAUCUCACAUACUCAACCUCGAGCGGAUACACGACAUACAUCCAGAUCAUCCGUCCGUUGGAGGAGACGGUGGACCCCGACGACAUAUCACUCGACCUGGGCGGCUUUUCCAUCUCAGAUAAUGCUGGCAACCCGUUUCUCCAGGGCGAUGAUGACAUGGCUGAUGCCGAAGAGGCUGAUGCGAAACACAUACAGCAAAAAGAGACGCCGGGGUUCGGCUAUGUAGCGUACGAGGUCCAUCUACACCCCACCUACAGAGUGCCGUGCCUCUGGUUCAGCCUCCACGAUCUCCCCUCCGAGGAGCCUGCUUUCAACAUCGACACCGUCUUCCGUCGCCUGGUUCCUGACAGCUAUAAAGAUGGGCUCCGUCGUGGACAUCACCCCAUCACCGGGGUCCCCUCAUUCUUCCUUCACCCGUGUCUGAUAGGAGACGCCAUCUCCAGCUUUAACUGCUCGCGGGAGAAUUAUCUCAUGGUCUGGUUCGGCCUCGUAGGAGGCUGCGUCGGCCUCUGGGUUCCCAAGGAAAUGGCCACCGAAUGA